UUCGGUUUUUACUCCGGGAUGUCUGGCGAAGAGAAUGCUCCAGCUCUGUCGCAGCUCUUCCUGCGAGGCUGGGAGGCUAGGAGGAAACUGGACGCCUGCGAGCUUACCACCGGAUCCCCGGAACACUCGGUGUGCGUGGCUGAAGGAACGUCAGCGCUAGAAAGAGCGACGGAGCUGGCGAGUCACGCGAGCCUCUUCAGCGACAAUGAAGACUUGGACGAGGUACCAACCUCGAGUCUAAAGUACCUCCUAUUGCCAGAACUCUUGGGAGAAAUGACUCUACAGCAGACCGAGGGAGAGAGAAUGGACACUGUCCUAAAAGCAAGGGUCUAUUUCAUAGACUACUUGAGGAGGUGUAGGUCAUACGGAGUAACGAAAGAGGAUCCGCCACCUUUAACCCCUCUUUCACCGCCCCCCUCAGUGGGUGGGGCUUCCUCCGAACAACCACAGGGGAAGACGUACAACCAGUUGGUUGCCGAGCGAGUGGAGAAGAUACAGAGAUUGAGAGAGAAGAAGGAACUGGAGAGACGGACGGAGGAGCUGUCCACAGCUCUGAAUGAAGGCAGCGGUGGAAGAGAGGAGGAGGGAGGGAGAGAGCAGUGGGUCGCAGUGCUUCAACUCAACCUGUACCGCAGUCGGGAGUUUGUCAAGUCAAUUGACGACGAAAUACAGAUUCUGAGACAUAUUGAAGCUGUCAGGAAGGGGGAGGGGCCUCCUGUUGCUAAGAGACCGGGGGCUAGUGGACAUGGUCCACCGAGACAACCGGAAAAACCGCUCGUCAUCACAAGAGAAAUGUUGAGAGGAGAGGUGUUUGGGGCAGGGUAUCCAAGUCUUCCCACAAUGACUGUCGAAGAGUUCUACGAGCAGAGAUAUGGCGGAGGAGCCGGAGGGGGAGGAGGGAGAGGGGAGUCGGCAGGACGAGAGCGGUGGGCCAGGAAGGGAAGGAGAGGAGGAGGAGGAAGAGGAGGACGAGGAUAGCGAAGAGGCACUGAAGAAGGCCAGAGAAUGGGACGAAUUCAAAGAUGAAAACAGGAGAGGCUGGGGCAAUAAGAAGAACAUGGGAUAAACUAUUGACCUAUAAAUAAUGUGACAGCAGCUAUGACAAUUACAUCAUGAUGUCAUUGAUUGCCUAUUGAAAUCCUAUUGGGUGGCGAUGAUGUCACGACUUGAAAGCCAUCCUCA